AUUUUAUCUCAUGCAGCAAUAUAUUUGCUCAUUAUGUGCCAGGGUCGCAAACCGCGCGCAUCGUGUAAAUACCAGCAAUGCGGUAGCAAGCUUCCAUGUCCAGUUUCUUCGUCUAUAUAUAUAUACCUACCUAAGGUACCUAGAUAAAGCGUGUUUCCUACCAAGCAUACUGCCUAUGUCUCAUGUAAAGAGCUAAAAGUUAUCGUUGAAGUAAACCUUGGAGGCCAAAGGCUGCACUUCUCCUUGGCGUUUAACUGCCCCGUCAUAUUUUAUUCCAACAGGGUUUAAUAUCUCAUCUCAUAACCGAGGCACCUCCUUUUUUUUAAUAUGCAAUCUCUCUUGGUGUCCUAUCUACUCUCCGAACUUUUGCUUUUUAAUUCAUCCAUAUCUUCUGUAAAGUUUGUUUACUCCUUGAUCUUGACUUUCACCAUAGGUAUUACAUUCUAUCUGAGGACGGUGUCCAAGUUUAGACAUCAAUCUAUAUGGAACUCCCACUGCCUAAACAAUCAUCAUUUUGAGAAUUGUCGAUUUCACGACGUCCAAAGGUACCAUAUCAUUUUAAGUUUUAACUAAGGCAUUAUGUGACCAGCAUGCACUCACAUGCUUAAUGGCUUAAAAUACGGAUUUAUGAGUAAAAUGUUUAUGUAAAUUUCACAUGCUCGUUAAAAGGUAUUAUAUGCAUAAAAAGAGGUGGCUCCAAUAUCGCGAGUCAACGCGCCUAUUCACAGGUACCUAGUCCGUACCUAAGAUACCU